UACCACGUUAUUCAGUAAGUUGAAUUUAAAAAAAUAAAAAAAUAAAACCAAAAAUGAACCCAAUGCGUUUAGAUUUCUUAUUUUCAAACUCUAGUUCUGCCUAUUUAAACAGUGCACAUUCUUUUGUACUACAAAACAUAUCCCUCCAUUAAAGCUCUUUCUUCUCAAUAGACAUCCUCGUUUUUCCUUAGUUCCCUCUCUUUUUUCUUGUUUUUUUUCCUGGGGAUUGUUACAACGAGGUUUAAUACAAAACUUCGUCAUUACAAUCCCUAUUUCCUCAUAUUACCCUCACACCCAGCUGGUUUAUUCAUUUCAUAUAUCAGCAUUUUUUGCAAACCGAUUUUCUAGCUAGACUAAAAUGUCUGCUGCAGUUUUUUGCACUGCAACAGUUCUGAUUUUUGUCUGGAUUGCACGUUUUGUUCAUAAAUGGAGGAAUCCAAAAUGCAACGGUUUACUCCCUCCAGGUUCAAUGGGAUGGCCACUCCUCGGCGAAACUCUUCAAUUCUUCUCUCCUACGUCGACUUUCGACAUCAAUCCCUUUGUCAAAGACAGAAUGAAGAGAUAUGGUCCGAUAUUUCGGACUAGCUUGGUGGGACAACCACUUAUAGUAUCCGCAGAUUCGGACCUUAAUUACUUCAUUUUUCAACAAGAGGGCCAAUUGUUUGAGAGCUGGUAUCCUAAAACUUUCACUGAGAUAUUUGGAAAACAGAAUGUUGGAUCUCUCCAUGGUUUCAUGUACAAGUACCUCAAAAACAUGGUACUAACUCUCUUUGGUCCAGAGGGUCUUAAGAAAAUGCUCCCUGAUGUGGAACAGGCUUCAAAUACUUAUUUAAAAAGAUGGUCUACCCAAAAUUAUGUCGAAUUGAAAGAUGCUACUUCAAGUUUGAUAUUUGAUCUUACUGCAAAGAAACUGAUAAGUUAUGAUCCAAUAAAAUCGUCCGAAAGCCUCAGGAAACACUUUGCAGCUUUCAUCGAGGGUUUGAUUUCUUUCCCUCUAAACAUUCCUGGAACUGCUUAUCACAAAUGCUUAGAGGGAAGGAAGAAGGCAAUGAAGGUGCUGAAGGACAUGUUGCAAGAAAGAAGAACGAAUCCAGGGAGGCAACAAAGCGAUUUCUUCGAUUAUGUUCUACAAGAACUAGGGAAGGAGGACACAGUUCUUACAGAGGCUAUUGCUUUGGAUCUAAUGUUUGUGCUACUCUUUGCUAGCUAUGAGACCACUUCCAUCGCGUUAACUUUAGCAAUAAAGUUACUGCUUGAGCACCCGUUGGCAUUAAAGGAAUUGACGGAAGAGCAUGAAGAAAUUAUUAGGGAGAGGGAAAACCCUGAUUCCUCCCUCACUUGGAGAGAAUUCAAGUCCAUGACUUUUACUUUUCAGGUUAUCAACGAAACAGUAAGGUUGGCAAAUAUUGCUCCUGGAAUUUUCAGAAAAGCACGAGAAGAUAUCAACUUCAAAGGUUAUACCAUCCCUGCCGGAUGGGCUAUUAUGGCUUGUCCUCCGGUCGUGCAUUUAGAUCCUGCUAGAUAUGAAGAUCCCCUUGAAUAUAAUCCAUGGAGAUGGAAGGGACUCGAUAUGAAUGGCGCAACUAGGUCUUUCAUGGCAUUUGGAGGAGGAAUGAGAUUCUGUAUUGGGGCGGACUUCGCCAAAUUGCAAAUGGCUGUCUUUCUUCAUUGCUUUGUGACCAAGUACAUGUGCAAAGCGAUCUCGGGAGGAGAUAUAUUGAGAACUCCUGGACUACAGUUUCCCAACGGUUUCAACGCUCAGAUUUCCAAAAAAGAUGAAUCUGUUGGUGUGCAGAUCUAGUGGAGAAGAGUAAAACCAAAAAUAAAAAAGGAGGACUGCUUUGUGGAAAUAAUAUAAGUGUUUAGGUUCGAAGAACAAUUCAUUGAAGGUCGCAAAUUUUACAGUUUACAAUUUACAUAAAAACAAUAUGAUGUAAUUACUUUACCUUUGUAUCUUUUUGUCUAGUUGUGUUAAAUAUCACAAAUCAUUCUCCGAAGUCUCUAUCCCAAAAAUUGCUACUUGCGACAUGCUAUUUACAUUUACCAUCAGUGCAUGAUUAUUCCACUAAGUGGGUUAGUUGGACA